UGCGCAGCUACAAUUGAAAUUAGUUCUCGGUCGCCAGCCAUGUUGCCCGCUCUAUUGGCCACGUUAAUACCGCUCGUGCUAGUCGGACGCGUGUGGGCCAGCGCUGAUAUAUUCACAUUGCCGCCGAAGAGCAACCACAGCGAGGAGUUGCUGGAGGCCUAUGGAAAGUUUAUGCUAUCGGCGAUGAAUCGCAGCAUCGAUCCGUGCGAGAACUUCUACGAGUACAGCUGCGGCGGCUGGAAGAAGUCGCCGCUGGUGCCGGAGUUGGCCCGGAACACGAGCUUCCUGCAUGCCAUGCAGCAGAAGAUCGACGAGCAGGUGCUGGCAUUCUUCCAGAAUGUCACCCAAAGGGAGCUCGAGGCACUGGGCCCAAAUGGCACGCGAUCUUCGGAGCUGAAAGCCAAGCAAUUCUUCGCCAGUUGUGUGCGGGUCAAGGCCAACAUGUCCCUGGGCUAUGAGCAUUUGCUGGAGCAAGCGGACGAUCGCUACAAGGAGCAGCAGCCGGGCCGGAAUGACACUGUGGACUGGGUGUACAUCAACUUUAUGUCCAAGUACGAGGUGUAUCCCCUGCUGCCGCUCAAAGUGCAUUAUAGCACGUCGAGCAGAAAGUUCGAUGUGCUGCUGUCGCCACCCACAAAGGUGCUGACUGGGGUCAGCGAUGAGCAGCUCAAGAAUAUGACGCGCGACUUUGGCUGGGAUGGCCAACUGGAAAAAUCCACGCAGUUUCUGGAGAGUUUCGUUAACCUGACACUGUUCGAGCGCAAUCUGACGGCGCUGAGCAGAACGCGCAAUGAAACGGAGAAGCUCAGCCUGAAGGAGUUCCUCGGCAAACACAAACAGGAUCGGGUCAAUUGGACGCGCUACUUCGAUGUGGCCUUCAAUGGCAGCCAGGACUCCGGCUGGCUGGUGAUCAAUCAACUGGACGGCAUCAGCGAUUUGGUGUACUUCCUGGAGCAGACGCCCACGCAGACGCUGCGCUCCUACGUGCAGCUGCGUGUCCUGCUGAAGUUCUACGCCCUGUGGCGGACCAAGGCCAAGGUGGGCGGAGUGGCGAGCGAGUGCCGCUCGCUGACGGAGACCUACUUCAACUAUGCCGUGUUGCCGUGGUUCAUCGAGACGGUUUUCGAUAAGCAGCAGCGCGCGGAUAUACUCGGUGUGGCCAAGGACAUCAAGGACACGUUCUACGAGCUGCUGGAUCAGCACCGAUGGCUGGACGACGAGACGCGCUCCCAGGCCAAGACGAAGCUCGCCUCGAUGGACAUUCUGGUGGGCUACACGGACGAUCUGCAGCACCGCGCGGUCAUCGAUCAGGUGUACAGCGACAUCAACAUGACCGCCAGCUGGUAUGAGAAUCUGUGCACAAUCGAGGCCAGCCGGGCCAGCAUACGUCUGCGAUCGGUGGACAAGGCGCUGAUACCGCUGCUGAUGCCCACGCGAACGGUCAACGCGUACUACGCGGACUUCCUGAAUCUCGCGUUCAUCACCAUCGGCAUGGCCCAGUGGCCCUUCUACCACCAGGACUUUCCGCCAGUACUCAAGUACGCCGGCAUUGGCAACAUAGUUGGCCAUGAGAUGGCCCAUGGCUUCGAUUCGUACUGCUAUCAGUAUAACUACGAUGGCAAGCGGGUCAACUGGUGGUCGGACACUUCGUUGCGGAACUUCAAGGAGCGCUAUCGCUGCCUGGAGUCGCAGUACAACAAGUUCAUCCUGAUGGGCGUGCAGACGAAUGGCAAUCUCACCUCCGGUGAUAAUAUAGCCGACAAUGUGGGCACUCGCAUGGCCUACUAUGCGUACAAGAGGAGAACGGCGGACAGAGCCUGGCUGGAGAAGCCACUGCGCGGCGUGGACUUCAACAACAGGCAGCUGUUCUUUGUGAAGUUCGCACAGAGCUGGUGCAAUGGCAAGGACAGCGGCGAGAGGCUGGGCAAACUGAAGAGCGAUGUGCAUGCCUACGAUGAGUUUCGGGUGCAGGGCACGCUCAGCAACAUGCCAGAGUUCAGCGAGGCUUUCGGCUGUAAGUUGGGCACGGAAAUGAAUCCGCUCAAGAAGUGUGUCGUCUGGUGAAAUAAA